GAGGGGCGGCGCCCCCGGCUGGCCACCGCCUAGCCGCACUCCGCCCGUCCGCGCGUCCAUCCCGGCGCGGCCGCCAUGACCUGGAGCGCCACGGCCCGGGGCGCCCACCAGCCCGACAACACUGCGUUCACGCAGCAGCGCCUCCCCGCCUGGCAGCCGCUGCUGUCGGCCAGCAUCGCGCUGCCGCUCUUCUUCUGCGCGGGCCUGGCCUUCAUCGGCCUGGGUCUGGGCCUCUUCUACUCCUCCAAUGGCAUCAAGGAGCUCGAGUACGACUACACCGGCAACCCGGGCACCGGCAACUGCUCCGUGUGCGCCCUGGCCGACCAGGGCCGCGCACCGCCCAUUCGCUGCUCGUGCGCCUGGUACUUCUCGCUGCCCGAGCUCUUCCCGGGCCCCGUGUACCUCUACUACGAGCUGACCAACUUCUACCAGAAUAACCGGCGCUACGGCGUGUCCCGCGACGACUCGCAGCUGAGCGGGCUGCCGAGCGCGCUGCGCCACCCGGCCAACGAGUGCGCCCCCUACCAGCGCCGCGCCACCGGCCUGCCCAUUGCGCCCUGCGGCGCCAUCGCCAACAGCCUCUUCAACGACACCUUCUCGCUGUGGCACCAGCGCCGGCCGGGCGAGCCCUACGUCGAGGUGCCGCUCGAACGCACCGGCAUCGCCUGGUGGACCGACUGCCACGUCAAGUUCCGCAACCCGCCGCUGGUGAACGGCAGCCUCGCGCUGGCUUUCCGCGGCACCGCGCCCCCGCCCAAUUGGCACCGGCCGGUCUACGAGCUGAGCCCCGAUCCGAACAACACCGGCUUCAUCAACCAGGACUUCGUGGUGUGGAUGCGCACGGCGGCGCUGCCCACGUUCCGCAAGCUGUACGCGCGCAUCCGCCAGGGCAACUACUCUGCCGGACUGCCGCGCGGCGCCUACCGCGUCAACAUCACCUACAACUACCCGGUGCGAGCCUUCGGCGGCCACAAGCGCAUCGUCUUCAGCAACAUCUCGUGGAUGGGCGGCAAGAAUCCCUUCCUGGGCAUCGCCUACCUGGUCGUGGGCUCCCUCUGCAUCCUCAUGGGCUUUGUCAUGCUGGUGGUCUACAUUCGCUACCAGGACCAGAACGACGAGGAGGAGGACGAAGAAUGAUUCCUGCUCUCAAAGUACCCUUCCGGCUACUUGCCAAAACUCGUGCAGGCUUCGUAGGCUUCUCCCUCUUGAUCCCAAUCCCAAUUGCAACUCCAUUUCCAACCUUUCCUCGCUUUUCCUCCUGUUGUGGUGAGGGGACCAGAGGGAGGAAUCACACCCCCUUGUUGGGGUGUUUGGAUGGCAGAAUGAGACAUCUUUGCAAAUUCUCCCCAUCUUCACGAUUUACUGAGUUGACCCAUUAUGUUCUUAAAGUCUUCGGCAUUUGAGCGUGGACGGGAUGGUGGAGAUUCCUGUUCAACUUCUAUCUGAUGAAAAGACUGAGACCUAAAGACGUUAAAUAAGUUAUUCAAGGUCAGGUAGCUACUCAUUGGCUCCUGACUGACCACUACAACAGUGGUUUUCUUCGGUGGUGGUAGGGGGAGGGUUGGAGGAGAGAGUGAAGCCCACAAAUAACUUGCAGAGGUGUGGAGGGGUGGGAGAGAAUAUAUUUGUGAAAAAUGUAGACCUUAGGAGGCACCAUCCCCAGAUGCUGACACAGGCUAGAGUGAGCCUCCUGAAGCUGUGUUUUAACAAGCCUGUCUGGAGAUUUCUCCUGUAUUCCCUGAAAUGUGGGAAUCACUGUCCUGAACCAAGGAGCAAGUAGAAUACUGGCUAUUUGCCUAUUUCCUCAUGUGUCUGAUAUUGGGCCUGAAGCAGGCACCUGAGUCCAGCUCUUCAGGUAGUCAUUUGUUCCCAGGGGCGGUGACAAUCAUAAUGUUGCAAGUUUUGUCUACCAUCCCACUUUCCAUAUAGAAAGCGCUCCAUAUGUUGUGGAAUGAGUGAAAAAGAAUUUGCUAUCUCUAGAAAUCUGGCAUACAGAUUCACAAAACAGGGUUUGUAUCAGUUGAUUUAAUGUUGGAGGGUUAAAGUGAGGGGGAAAAAACACUUCGCCAAGUACUUGAAAAUGCCAGGUCACUUUGUACAGCUUGGAGUGACUGUUUUAACCUUAGAAUCAGACAGAUGGAAGGGGUCUUAGAGGAAAAUGAUUUCCCUAAAGUCAUACCUGUGUCUCCUGACUCCUGACUCAGUCCUCUUCGUCAUCUAAAUUAUUUUUUAUGCUUAGAGAAAAAAAGUCUUCCUUCAUGCACAUAUUUUCUCCUGGAGUCUAAGAAAAAACUUUUUAAUCUGUGUUCUCAAAUGAAGCAUGCUUGUUUGUAGCAAUUGUAUUAAUUUGUAGGACUGCUUAGUAAUAUGGUCCUAUAUAUUAUCUAGAAUCUUAAGAAUUAUUUGAAACUUCAAGAUAAUUUUAAAGUCUGACUACUCUAAAAUUAUCCUUGUAUAGAAAGUUAUUCUAAGCUAUAGAUUUACUUUUAAACCCACCUUCUUUUUAUGGCAAAACAAAGCAGAACAAAAAGCCCUUAGUGAUAUCAUCUUAACAGGUUUAUUUCCGGAAAGGAAACAAUUAUUUGGUAUUCUGUCAGAAUCAUCCAGUGCCUGACUUCUAUUACAGCUGCUUCCCAGUUACUACUGUUUUUGUUCAUGCCUGUAAGGUAACUACGAGACUUUGAUAUAUUUUUUUAGUAGCCAAAGAAUAUUUAAUUGUAUUGAAUUAUGUACAUUAAUUUUAUUAUACUCUAUUCUAGUUCUUUGAAAAUUAAUAAUUGAUGGACAGCAUGCAUGUUCACUGACCUCUGUCUCAAACCUUCUGGAUCAGUUGUAAUUUAAUAUUCUGUCCCACUAUUUUACAUAAACCAAAACAUACUUUAGCGAUUCUAAUGUGUUGGCUUCCAAGUUCCAGAAUGUUACUCAAUUUUAUUGUCCGAUUGCAUAUUGCGAUUUUAGGUUAUGAAAGUAUGAUCAUUAUAUGUAUAUAAGAUAUUUUUAUUUAUUAUGAAUGUUUGAUUAAGCUACUAGCCUAGCUUUCUUUAUGUUGGGUGAGAGGAUUUACCACUUUCUUACUAUAUGGUUGAGAGCCAGCAUGUCUUUUGCUCUCAUUUUUACAAUAUUUAGUCCAUUCUCUAAAAUGUUUACUGAGACUACAAAACUUAAGGCAUUAUGAUUAAAUCAGUGAAUGUGG